GACAAAAAAGGCGGUUCACUCUUCCACUCCCUAAUGUUUGGCAUCCCAGCAGCAGACAAUUCACUUUCAUUUUGAUACCUUAUUGGGGUGUCGUGUAAUUUAUAUCCCUCAACUUUUAACCAGAAUCGUGAAGAUUGGUUCAAGAUGGCUGAUGAUGAACUGCAAGCUAUCAGGGCCCAAAGGAUGGCUGCAAUGCGCCAACAGCAACAACAGAGUCAAGGGGAUCCAAGUCAGGUAUAUUAGUUUGACAGUUCUGCUUGACUCGGGAUUACAUUUCAACAUUCUGCAGGCUGCGCAGAAGCAGGAAGAUGAGAGGAAACAGCAAGAAGAUAUGAAAAAUAGCAUCUUGUCACAAGUUUUGAAUCAGUCUGCCAGAGCAAGAUUAAACACUAUUAGGAUUGCCAAACCUGAAAAAGCAGCUAUGGUGGAAAACUUGCUAGUGAACAUGGCAAGACGAGGACAGAUUGGAGGUCAACUUGGAGAAAAUGAGCUAAAAGGCCUGCUGGAGCAAGUCAGCCAGCAAACCAAACAAGAAACGACCGUCAAAUUUGACCGAAGGCGUGCAGCUCUCGAUGACGAAGAUGACGAUUGAUUGAAUGCAAAGCUGUAGGUUCUUGAAAAUCUCCUUUGUUCUGUAUAUAUAUACUUUCAUUUUUGAUUCUUUGUCAAAUGAGUGGAAUACACAAUCUUGACCCUCUU